UUCUAAUCCAUCCACUUUCAAAACAUUUUCAUGAUAAUUGAUUAACACCCCAUUCUGUUUUAGCUUUAAUGUAAUCGCCAUCCCAUUUGUUUGCGAUUGCAUUUAGGGUACUUGUGGUAGGAGAUGUCCGGUGGUUUUGGGGACACGGCAAGCAGGCCAACCCAAAGCUCAUCGUUCUCGACCAAUAACGGUUCCAACAAUGGCGACGGUGGGAACUUCGAUUGCAGCAUAUGCUUGGAUUUAGCUCAAGACCCAAUCGUAACAUUGUGUGGUCAUCUAUUUUGUUGGCCAUGCAUCUAUCAAUGGAUUAAUUAUCAUUCACAUUCAAAUGAAUGCCCACUUUGUAAAGCCUUCAUACAAGAGGAACAAUUGAUCCCUUUAUACGGCAGAGGGAAGAGUUCAUCAGAUUCGCGGUCUAAAUCGUUUCAUGGGGGGAAUAUUCCGAACCGCCCAGCUGGCCAGCGACCAGAACCUGGUCCACCACCUGACAGGAACCAGUUUUUGCAACAUGGGUCUGGAUUUAUAGGUGGUUUUGGGCCAGCGAUUACCGCGAGUUUUGGGAACAUUACGCUGUCAUUUGGUGGUUUUAUUCCCUCAAUCUUCAAUGUUCAGAUGCAUACAUUAAACUUUGGAGGUCAUCAUGCACUGCAGAGAGAUCGUCAUGAAGUUUCACCGCUUUUGAUUGUUGGGCUUAUAUUUCUACUUGCUCUACUAUGGGAAUGAGGUUAAUUAGCUACUGGUGACCGAGUUAUUGUUCUUUAUUAUUGUUCCCGUGUAAUUAUUGUGUAUCGUGCAUGGAUAUGUAAUAUGAAUAUGAUAGCACUGUUGAUGAUUGAGGAAUUGUAUAUAAGAUACACUCUAAACAUGUAAAUUUAGAACAUAUACUCCGAAUCGAGCCAUGAAUGGUGUGGGUGGGUUCACA